AUGGGCUGUGGAAGCAGCAGUAGCGCCAAAGUUGUGACGGGCAGUGUUUUUCCGUCUGCGUCUCAUCUUGCGUCUGCUGAAUCUGAAGUGGAGCUUGAGAAGCUAACAGAUGAAUCAUCAGAUGGCGAAGAGGCGGGAAUGUCUGACGGAGAUGAUGUCACUGAGAAGACAAGUGAAGUGAUACAUAAAGAAAGCGAUGAACAAGAAAGAGAGGAAGAAGUUCUGGUCGCUUUACCAAACGGUGACCUACUUACUACACACCAAAUGGAAAUUGUUAACGUUGUGUAUGUAACGUAUCUGUCAACGGACAAGAACGUCUAUCAUCCAGGAGAGACAGUAUUUCUCCGUGCUGUCAUGCUAGAUGCACACACUCAACGUCCACCUUUGAAGAAAGCUGAAGUUCAACGACUAGCUGCUGCACGCCCAUCAGUUUCAAUCUUACAACCCAGUGGCCUCGAAGUAACAUGGAUUAUUGCUUUGCAAGAGACUGAUCAUUGCGGUGCAUGGGGAGCGCAGAUCAGUAUACCAAAUGAAGCCGAAUGUGGUAACUAUGUUGCUACAGCAUCUUACCUUGUCCUACCAGAACUUUCUUGUGAUCCUGCUAAGAGAUCAUUUGUUGUGAGAAAACCUGGCAAAAAGCAGAUGAAACAGAAGUUGGAGUUUGCAAAGAAGAGCUAUGUUGCCGGAGACAAAGUCCACGCAAUGCUCACUGCACCUCCUGUGAAAAGUGAUGACCAUACGCCGACGUCUGCUACCGUCACUGUUUCAGUGGGAAAUGACCAGGUCUACACUAUGGAUUCAACUACAACUAAAUUGUCUCGUUUCCCCAUCACAUUUCUUCUUCCCAAUGAGCUACCAGCAUGUGAAGAUGUCAGUCUAGUUUGUCGCAUGACUGCAAAUGAACAGGUCACCAUUGUGACCAAGUAUGUGCCGCUUCCUCAACGAGUUCAACUUAUUGCAUAUCUGGAGAGCAGUUAUCUUGUUGUUGGUUUACAAUGUGGUCUGUAUUUCCAAGCUCGCAACAAAUAUGGAGAGCUGGUAGCUGUUGCUGUUGAGGUGCAGGAGUUGACUGACGAUAGCGAGGCGAUUGAGUCCGUUUGUACUGCUGAAUGUGUGGACAAGCAUGGCGGAUAUCUCGUGUUUACUCCAAGACUGAACAGAGUGUAUCGCUUGGUUACUGUGCAGUGCGGUCAUCUGUCUGGUUUGUGCGAGUUACCUAAACCUAGAGAGCGCGGUUUCUCAUUGUCUUCUAGACGAUCAGUGUAUGAAGGAUCUUCUCCUAUUUGGCUUCGAGUUGGCUCUUCCCAUAAGAGUUUUUGUUGUCUCAAAUCUUUCAAGUUGGGCAACGAGCUGUUUUCUGUCGACUUGUUAUUUCCCAACACCAGGAGUAGUGCACGUUUUUGCCAAAAUCGUGUCAAUUUAGAUAGAUGGGAAAUGUAUCAUGAUGUUCUACUAGCCUUACCGUCAUUUGUUUCUGGUGCCGUUCGAGUUGCUCUCUUGACCAAGGAAGAUGUGACAGUAGCGGAAAAGAUGAUAUUUGUCAAAUGCUCUAGAAGACUGACCAUACUAACUGAUUCUGUAUGGUUGAGUUCUUCCUCUUUGGAGAAGAAUUUUAUAGAUGUGAGAGUUCAGACGUUGGACGGUAAAUCUGGACGUCCCGUUUGCUCUCAUCUUGGAGUGACUGUCACUGAAGGCAACGAUCAGGUUGAAAACAGCGUGGACGGGAUGGCUGUCAAGUUCGAAAAGGCACAACCGUUUCCAGAAAUUCAUUUAUGCGGUAUGGAAUGUCUUGAUCUCACCGACACAUUGAGUGACAAUUGUCUCGAACAGAGUCUUGUUUCUGAGUUUUCCUUGUCUAAAGCUUGGCCAAAUUGCCAAGACGUUGUGCCCAAAACUAAGAAUAGAGAUGCCAUUUUUUCUGGCGGUUGUCCAAGAACUGAAUCAAAGGUUAUAGAGAAGAGACAAGGAGGAACGUCACAAACGUUACAAUGGACUUUAGUCCACCGUUUGUCAUCAUUUUGUUGUCUAAUUGGAAGGACCAGCAGGAAAUUAGCACAUCUUGAAAAAAUAGGGAACGAGUUGGAAAAAUCUUCUACGCCUAUGAUUUGGAGGGCUAUACAAAACAUGUCUUAUGAUCAAUUGAAAGCAGCUGUAGAUGCAGCAGGCAUAAAGGAACUGCAGUUUAUGAGCUGGCAAGGAGAGACAUUGGUGCAUGCCGUUGCUCGUUCAUAUCAUACAAACAGCAAGCAGAGAGUGCGAAGUCUUCUGAAGCUUUUGCUGGAUGAAAUGGGGCUAGACGUUGAUGCUCAAAGGAAAGGCUGGUCAGAUGGAAACACCCCAUUACAUUUAGCUUGUGAAAGAGGCAACCUUGUCGUCGCUCAAGUUCUUAUAGAAUUAGGAGCAACGUAUUCUCUACUCAACGGAUGGGGUGUGACACCCUUGGCAAUGGCUGCUAUCUGUGGUCACAUGGAUAUUGUUCAGCUGCUUUUGGAACACGACUACAAGACUUGGGCCGGUACCGGCACGCAUUCAACUAUCUAUGUGUCUUGUGGUGUUUGUACUACUGGGUGGACUCCACUUCAUUAUGCUGCUGCAGGCGGGCAUGUUGAUGUAAUUCAUGCAUUGAAAGUAUUUUCCACUGUUCGUGGUAUGGUGAUAGACUUCAACGUCCAAACUAGUGACGGUCUGCUUUUGACUCCUUUACAUUGCGCUGCUCGAUAUGCCACAUCGAAGACUGCUGCUCAAGUUAUUGAGUAUCUUAUCAGCAACGGAGCUAAUGGAGAUUUGGCAGAUGCUCGAGGCUAUGGUUACAAGCAGUUGGCUUACCUCAGUGAGUGUGAGCAAUUUGGACGACUUUCUCGUUAUGGACCUUUACGACAAUCGACUGAAAUCAAAGAGAGACGUAUUGACUUAGAUGUGACAUACAAUAAUGCUCAGUCAACAACACUAAUGGACGUCGCUUCAACCUCAACGGUGGAAGCAAUUUUAAGAGAGACAUGUCAACAGUUGGGUAUCUCUGUCUCUGACAGUAGCAGGAUACCUUUCUUUUUCGUUGAUGAAACUAAUCAAUGUUUUGUAAACCAGACUGUGCUAUGUGCUGCGGCCGUGACGGUUGUGUCGAACGAGAGCUUAUGUCUGUGUCGUCUAGACGGACCGUUACAGAUACUGAUUGAUAUGACUCUUUAUCAGUUUCUCUCUCGACUCAUUACUGUUAAUAAUGUGGAAUGGGAAGGUCCCGUGCUUUCUGAUCACGGUUGUGUUCAACUUUUGUCAUUUCUUCCUACAGCUGGGUGGUCCAAUGAUCCUCGGAAUUUAGAUCUGCAGUAUACGCCUGCUGAGUAUGGUCUGCAAGAGGGUGACAGUGUUUACUUUUAUAGCGCGCUCAUUCCGGAAGAACAGUUUCCUCGGAGGUUGAUCUGUUUAUCUGAUUACAUUACUGAAGGACUUCAGGCAAGCAGAGUUGAGCUGGAUGGUGAGACGGUAGAAAGAAACGUUCUACGGCUUAAACUCUGCCCGUUGGAGAUUACAGGAACGUUUGGUGUUGUGGUGCUGAAAGAUCAACCAAAUAGGGAGCCUCCCAAACUACCAGAAAGUGUCGAAACUGCUCAAGACACAUCAAAUCAGAAGAAGGGUGGUAAGCAGCAAGGAAAGAAAGCUCCUCCUAAAGAAGCUCCCAAGACUGCUCCUGCUAAAACUGGAGGUAAAGGUCGAAGUCGUGGUCCUCCUGGCAAACCACUCAAGCUUAAAUUGUCUUCUUUUGAGCCGAUCAAGACGUUGAAGGAUCUUAUUCUUAGUCAGCUUGGUGAUCAUUUGCAGAGUGAAGCUGCUAUUGAGUUGAACCCUCUGACUCAUGUGCUAACUUGUGAUAUUUAUGUGAAUAACAUAUUUCAGCAGGACUGUGUGCCACUUUAUGCCUCAUCACUGUACCCUCCAUUUACUCCAGCCGUAAUUAAAGUUCAUCCAAGAUCUAUUUUGCACUAUUCAAAUCUCACUAAUUUGUUUGAUUUCUGGACAACUCUGAAUUACAUAGAAAUGAAGCUUGAAGAAAAUGAAGAUUUAUCAAAUAUACAGAAAGCAGAAUUUAUGAAUGAUGACACUGCAGAAUGCUCUCAGAAGGCAAACCCGCAAGAUCCAGGAGGAGCUCAAGGUUUCCCUUGUGAGAACAUUUCAAAUCAUCAUACACUUCAAGCAAGCGAGGUACUCAACAUGACAUCUGCGAAUACAACAGUUGUGACUGAAAACGAAGCGAAUACAAUUCAAAUUAUAAAUGAUGUAAAUAGAGACACCACUGACGUUACCAACAACUUAGCUGAAGUCAACAAUGAGACAAACAGUAACCAAGCAGACUGUGACAGCAAUGGCAACGGUGCUGUGAAGACAACUGAAGUUGAUACUAACGCAGUGGUGGUUGCAACAGAUGAGAAGAGCGUGGAGGCUGACAAAGAAAACGAUAAGACAAAGAAGCUUGCAGCAGAUGCCAACAGUCACCAAGAGGACACUACCACCGACAUACCCAAAAAUGAAAUCAUGGUAGAGACAGAAAAAAACGACACAGUCAACAAAGAAAGUGAUGUAGCUGAGAAUAAUCAAGAAAGUGCAGAGUCAACGUCUGUUGAAGCUCCUGCUGUCGUACCCUUAGAUCAGAGCCAAGAGACUACAGACAAUGGGCUGACGUUGGCAGAGGUGAAGCAAUCAACAGAUGAGAAGAUAGAGCAAAGGAAACGUAAUCACUUUUUGGCAUGGUAUGAUCAUUGGAAAGUGGGUAUGCUGUGGUGGGGCAUGGAAACUCUACGUAGACAUACAUCAUAUCUGAGAUGGAUUAACACUGACCAAGUAAGUCAAAUGGACAAAACCAAAGGUCUGGAAAACGGUGCAAAGGCAGUCAAUCUCUUGGCUCAAGAAUAUCGCGAUUCCGUUGAUCCAGUUGUAGAAGAAAAACAUUAUUAUGCUGAUGAUUCGUUUGAGGACGACAGUGCACGCGAUUCCAUCGCCAGAGUGGAAACUGAACGAGAGCUAAAGUGCGAGAGUGAUGAGAAAGAUAAACCAGCCGAUCUCGCAACGCGUGAUCGAGGAGGCUUGGGGGUAUUAGAUUGGGAAGCGGCUUUGGGACAUAAAGAGGGACCGGCUGUACGACAAGGUAUAAUCAUCGAGCCGUGUGCGGUGUGGGGUGAUCGACCAGUUCGUGCUACACAAUCGAAUAAGCCCUCGACGAAAACCGUCUAUUGGACAGCGGACAUGAAGACGGAUGAAAAGGGCGCCGCUCACUUCACUGUCACUGCAGACUCUUUCGUCAGCUUCUACGAUCUCAAGGUGGACGCUUUCACGACAUCUGGAGCGCUCGGUCGCGUUCGGAGUCACAUUUCAACUCAGAAUCCCCUACAUCUUGCUUGGUCGAUUCCUGACUAUCUUUGCUCUGAGGACACGUUGUUUGUGCCUCUUUCGCUAUCAAACUGCGGACACGAAGAGCUGCAAGUUGAGUUGAGUUGUGCCUUAGAGGGUACAACUACCCCGCAGGUAUGUCGAUUACUGAAUAACGUUAGAGAUCCGAGUCACACAACCGACAAGGGCGUGCUCGGCACCCUGACUGUUCCUCGCUCUGGUGUCACCGAUUUCAUUCAAAUUCAAGUGGGACCUCUCACUGAGCAGAUGCAAGGAAUGACUGUAACUGUUACUGCGACGGCUGGUUCUUAUGUUCGUACUCUUACUUCGGCGAUACCGUUGAGAUUAGUUGGUCGUCGGAAGGAGAGCUUCUGGACGAGAUGUGUGGAACAAGACGACACGGUUACGGCUGUUCUGCACGCCACGCCAAACACGCCGUGUGAAGAGGCGCACGUUGAGCUGCAGGGGUUUGAUAGUGUCAUUGCCAUUGCGUCGUGUUCGUUUGACUAUCUUUGCUCUACGCCUUCGCUUUGGCUUGAACACGCGGCGUCUAUCGCAUUUACCGGUACCGUGCUGUUGCGACAUUACAUGCGCGGCACUGCUGGGUACUCUGAAGUGGAGUCGGUCGAUGGUCUUGUUAACAGUGCUAUGAAGCAGCUGUUGAGAUGCCGGCGAGCAGGAGGAGGGUUUUCUCGAUUUAUUGGAGAGGAAAAUAAGGCGUCGGUGAGAGCGACUUGUUUUGCGCUUGUGGUACUCGGUCAUGUUGUGCGCUUACGGAGCGCGGAUCCAUCUGUAAUGGCAAGAGCGCGGGAUUGGCUGAUGGAGCAGCUGGUGAUUCAGAGACGCAACAAGGUUUUGUCGUGUGAGGAAAACCAGCGGUAUCAACGUAGGCUGAUUCGAUCGUAUGCCUUGUGGGCUCUAACUGAAGCAGAACACCCGAAAGAACAAUUGAGCCGUUGGAUGGACUCUGCCAAAGCUCAUGUUGCGCAGUUGCGAGAUCCGUACCGCUUGAGUCUUACAUGUCUUGCUCUAUACAACUAUGGAGAUACAGAAGCGGGGCAUCUGGCGGCCGACAGAUUAGUCAACUGGCAGAAGGACGACGGUCGAGUGUCAGGCGCUCACACCACUCUAAUACCAAUGGGAGAAACAGCAAGAGACGUAGAAACAACAAGUCUUGCCUUGUUGUGUUGGCUCAAAAGAGGAGGAGACAGUGGUUGCCCCAUCCUCGCUUUCCGAUGGCUCAUGGCCAACUGUAACAAAGGCAAUUUCGGAUCAGGACACUGUACGGCAAUGGCAGUGAAAGCACUGAUUGCUUACCACAGUAAGUUUGGUUUCCGGACGCCACAUCAUGGCGACAACUCGGAUGACGAAACAGAAUCAGAGGAGGACAAGCCAAAGCAGUGGAAAGUACGAGCGACUGUGAACGACGACGAACCCGAGACGCUGACCGUGCCUCAUCCGAUGUCCUCUAUUAUUCGCUCUCGUAUUGAUUCGACGAACUCGAAUGACGUCGCUGUCAAAGUGGAGCUUGCGGAAAGUCCCGAAGACGGCUUUCUUCCUUUCUGCGUUCAAUACAAAUACCGAACGAAAACAUUACCCGAAUCGAGAAAUGAUGGAAAGUUAGAUAUUGUCGUUUUCAUUGCCGACGACAUCAAAGUUAAAGGAAGCACGUGUACACUUGACGUCACUUUAAGAAAUCACAGCGACGAGGCACUGGAACUGGUCGUUUGUAAGAUUUGUGUACCGGCAGCUCUUGAUAUUAAACGAGACGUACUCGACUCGUUGAUCGGAGAUGAAGACUUACUCACAUCCUACGCAAUCGAGGACGAAGCGAUUUUCUUUUGCUUCGAGUUGCUUCCGGCAAAGAUUAAAGUUACUCUAGACAUUGACUGUAUUGCUGCACACGCCGGACGCUUUUCUGCGUCUCCUUCAUGCGUCUACAUGCCUUACGACACGGACACGUGCGCAUGGUGCGUCGGGUUGUCCCUCACUGUGGCAGUCGAUGCCCGGAUGCGAGCACGGAUGCAGCAGGAAGCAGUCGAAGCCGAAGAAAAGCUAGCAAGAGGAGGCAGUGUGGGAGGUAUGUUAGCGGCUGAUGCACUAGGUGACGAACAACACAGAUCUAGCUGUUUCUUUUAAUGUACGAUCUUUUAGCAUACCUUUUCCUUAAUUAAUUCAUAAUCUAUAAUCGUCUCAUGAAA